AUGGCACUCCUCGUAGACAAACACAGACCGCGCAAUCUCGAGGCUCUUAACUACCACCCAGAGCUCUCCGAGCGCCUCAGAGCUCUUGCACAAAGCGGUGACUUCCCCCACCUUCUCGUAUACGGGCCGUCGGGCGCAGGCAAGAAAACUCGCAUUGUUGCAACGCUGAAGGAGCUCUACGGGCCUGGUGUCGAGAAGAUCAAAAUCGACGCCCGCGUCUUCCAGACGACUUCGAAUCGCAAGCUCGAGUUCAACAUUGUCGCGUCCGUAUACCACCUCGAGAUCACACCCUCAGAUGUCGGCAACUACGACAGAGUGGUCGUGCAGGACCUGCUCAAGGAGGUCGCGCAGACACAACAGGUCGAUCUAGGCGCAAAGCAGCGCUUCAAGGUCGUCGUGAUCAACGAGGCCGACCACCUGACACGCGAUGCACAGGCGGCGCUGAGACGGACGAUGGAGAAGUACAGUCCCAAUCUGCGGCUGAUACUGCUGGCGAACUCCACAAGCAACAUCAUCGCACCCAUUCGCAGCAGAACCCUGCUCGUCAGAGUCGCCGCACCGACAGAGGACGAGAUCUGCGACGUGCUGAGCACGGUCGGGAAGAAGGAAGGCUGGAGCGAGGUCGCGCCGCUCAACAAACGGAUCGCAAAAGAGAGCGGGCGAAACCUGCGGAAAGCGCUGCUCAUGUUCGAAGCAGUGCACGCACAGAACGAGAAAGUCACAGAGCAAACCCACAUCCCACCCCCCGACUGGGAAGCCCUCAUCGAGCAAAUCGCGCGCCAAAUCGUCGAAGAGCGCAGCCCCCAGCGCCUACUACAAGUCCGCGCCUCGCUGUACGACCUGCUCUCACACUGCAUCGACUCGACGACCAUCAUCAAGACACUCACGUGGAAACUCAUACCCAAGACCGACGACGCGCUGAAGCCCGAGGUCAUAAAAUGGGCCGCGUUCUACGAGCACCGCUGCAAGAUGGGCAGCAAGCAGAUCUUCCACCUCGAGGCGUUUGUGGCCAAGUAUAUGCGGUUGUAUGAGAGUUAUUCUAUGGGGAUCGACUUCGACUCGGCGUGA